GGGCCGCUUGUGAUGUAUCCUGGGGAGGAGGAGAACAAUUCCAACAGCGCUGGUUUUGAUUUCCCGAUCAUCAUGCCAUCAUACGCAGAUAAAUGAGUCGCUUUUCAUGCUGUUGUUGGUUUUCGUGUUCCGUGUUUUUGCAUGGUUUAGGAGAUUUCUAUGUCAACCUAAGUUCGUUGCGCCUUCAGUGGAAGUUCCCUUGCCUGAUCGGCAAAAUUCUGUUUGGCUACAAACAAAAUUAGAUACGCCAAAUGGACGUGGGCAAGUUGAAGAGUUUGCUCCAGUGGGUGAACUCUGUAGGAGUGGGCUCCUGUGUAGAGUCCCUACAACAGCUUCGCGAAGGAACGCAUUUCAUUGGCAUCAUCAAAAUCAUCAACGGUGACAGGGGGACGCAGUUUUGUGAGCUGCCGAUGCAACGCUUCCGGCUCAUCUGUUCUUUCCUCGAGGAUUUUUAUGGCAUCUCCCUCCAGCAUCACCUUGACCACACUCAGAUCAUCCAGCAAGGGGACGUGGGUGAGCUGGCCAAGGUGACCGCCCUGCUGCUCUGCGCAGCUGUGCAGGGCCCCAAGGUGGACUUCUUCGUGGACAUGAUCACCAAGCUGGACAUGGUGGUGCAGACGCACCUCAAGGAGAUUAUCGAGGCCAUCGUGGCCCACGGCAGUGACGGUAGCCUGCAGUCCAACUUUGCCAGCGUCCUGUACAAGAAGCUGAACGAAGAAGUGUGCACGUCCUCCCCUGUUGAGCCGUGCACUCCGCUGGUGCCCAACUGCAAAACACCCAACGCCUUUGGCUACUCACCCGUCAAGGCGCUAUUCAACACCCCCGGUAUGGUCAACAAGAUGAGAGACAGGAGAGUGCUGUAUGAAAAGAUCAGGAAGUUAGAAACCGAGAUUGCCAACGAGAAGGCCAUGCGGGCCGACCGUGAACUAGAGAUUGUUGAGAAAGAUAAGGUCAUCGGCGAUAAAGAGGCCAAACUGGCCGAUUUUAAGCAGCAAAUAACCAACUUGAAAAGGCGAUGUGCUGAUGCCGACAGCAUGCGCUCGGCACAUGAACAACUCCAGCUAAGUCAAGCGCAUGUGGAGAGACUGGAGAGGAGGUUAUCAGAACUAGAGUCCAUGCGAGCAGAGAACACUCAUCUUGAGAAUCAGGUUCAACAUUUGUUGGACGAGAACAGAGGGCUUGAGACAAAAGUGUGCAUGUACCAUUCCUUGAAACAAGACAGAGACCACCUGAAAGCAAGCUUGAAGGAAGCCGAGCGACACGUGGCUGAGCUACAGAAUGCGAAGGCCGUUCAGUCAGCAGAGCUGCAGUCGUUGAACAGCGCCAAUGCAGAGAUCCGCUCCAUGCUGGACCAACAGCGCCAGCUGGUCACUGAGCAAAAGGACAGGAUUUCAGAGCUGGAAGAGCAAGAGCUCGCAAGCAGCGACAGAGGCGAAACAUUGGAUAUCAUCCCAGAGCGUCGCCUUGGAGAGGUGGUAGACCAGCUGAAUCAAGCAAGGGAAGAGAUGAAGCAGAUGGCGGAAUCGUACGAACGAUCAAAAAUUGAAUACCAGCGAACUCUGACCGCUCAAAUCGACACGGCGCGAGAAGAGGGGAACAAGCGCUAUGAGCAACUGGAGAAGUCGGCUGCCUCAAAAAUCAACUCCCUUCUGGGUGAACUAAACAGUCAGGCGGUACAAAAGGCUGCUGCGGAACGUAAAAUGGAAGGAUUGUGCCAGAGCGUCAACAUCUUAACUAACACCGAGAAACGCCUGACCCAGGAAGUCUCGAAAGCUGGGGAAGAAAAAGCAGUGCUCCAGAAACAGGUUGAUCAACUACAAGCGGCGGUCAUGUCCGCAGAAGAAAGGUACCAGAGUGCAGAGGAGGCCAGCAAGAAGAUCGCCGCCCAGCUCCGAGAACUGGAUCACCAGAAACGCUUACAUCAAGAGGAAGGAGAGAUGCUGCAGAAGCAGGUUGACCAACAACAAGCCACAAUCAAACGUCUGACGGCAACAGAGGAAAUGCGUCAGCGCGAAGAAGAGGCCAUCAAGAGGACCAUGGCCCAGCUACAGCUGGAAAUGGAUAACCAGACACGGUUGCAUCAAGAAGAUAGAUCCCUACUUCAGAAGCAGGUUGACCAACUACAAGCGACAGUCGAGCAUCAAAGAUCCGUAGAAGAAAGACUUCAGAGUGCGGAGGAGGCCAACAGGAAGAUGGCUUCCCAGCACCAGGGGGAACGCGAUCACCAGACACAAUUGCAUCAAGAAGAAAAAUCCCUCCUUCAAAAGCAGGUCGACCAACUACAAGUGGCAAUUGAGAAUCAAAGAUCUGUCGAAGAAAGACUUCAGAGUGCACAGGAGGCCAGCAAGAAGAUUGCAGCCCAGCUUCAGCAGGAACUGGAUCACCACAAACGGUUGCAUCAAGAAGAAAAAUCCCUCCUUCAAAAGCAGGUCGACCAACUACAAGUGGCAAUUGAGAAUCAAAGAUCCAUAGAAGAAAGACUUCAGAGUGCAGAGGGGGCCAGCAAAAAGAUGGCUGCCAAACUUCAGCAGGAACUGGAUAACCAGAAACGAUUACAUCAAGAAGAAAAGGCCUUGCUAGAGAAGCAGAUUGGCCAACAACAAGCGACAAUUGAGAAUCUGACAUUAACUGACGAAAGGCAUCAAAGUGAAGAAGAGGCCGGCAAGAAGAUUGCCACUCGGCUCCGUGUGGAACUGAAUAACCAGAAACGGUUACACCAAGAAGAAAAAUGCCUACUCCAAAAGCAGGUGGACCAACUGCAAGCGACAGUCGAGCAGCAAAGAUCCGUCGAAGGAAGACUUCAGAGCGCAGAGGAGGCCAGCAAGACUAUUGCUGCCCAACUCCAGCUGGAACUUGAUAACCAGAAACGGUUACAUCAAGAAGAAAAGUCCAUGCUUCAGAAGCAGGUUGAGCAACUACGAGCUACAGUUGAGAAUCAAAGGUCUGUGGAAGAAAAACUUCGGAGUGCAGAGGAGGCCAGCAAGACGAUUGCAGCUCAGCUCCAGUUGGAACUAGAUAGCCACAAACGAUUACAUCAAGAACAAGCCUUACUUCAGAAGCAGGUUGAGCAACAACAAGCAACAAUCGAAACUUUGACAUCAACUGAAGAAAGGCGUCAAAGCGAAGAAGAAGCCAGCAAGAAGAUUGCCUGCCAACUGCAAUUGGAACUGGAAAACACGAAACGGUUACAUCAAGAAGAAAAUCGCCUACUCCAAAUGCAGGUUGACCAACUACAAAUGACAGUCGAGCAGCACAGAUCCGUAGAGGAAAGACUUCAGAGUGCAAAGGAGGCCAACAAGAAGAUGGCUGCCCAGCACCAGACAGAACUAGACAACCAGAAACGAUUACAUCAAGAAGAAAAGGCCUUGCUAGAGAAGCAGGUUGACCGACAACGAGCGGCAAUCGAGAGUCUGACAUCCACUGGAGAAAGGCGUCAAAGUGAAGAAGAAGCCAGCAAGAAACUUGCCUGCCAACUGCAGUUGGAACUGGAUGACCAGAAACGGUUACAUCAAGAAGAGAAAUCCACACUUGUGGACCAAGUGGACCAACUACAAAUGACGAUUGAGAAUCAAAGAUCUGUAGAAGAGAGACUUCAGACUGCAGGAGAGGCCAGCAAGAAGAUCACUGCUGAGCUUCAGCGGGAGCUGGAUGACCAGAAACGAUUACAUCAAGAAGAAAAAACUUUGCUCCUGAAGGAGAUUGACCAAGAACGAGCGACAAUCGAGAAUCUGACAUGCACUGGAGAUAGGCGUCAAAGUGAAGAAGAAGCCAGCAAGAAACUUGCCCGCCAACUGCGGUUGGAACUGGAUAACAUGAAACGGGUACAUCAAGAAGAAAAAUGCCUACUCCGAAAGCAGGUGGACCAACUACAAGUGACAGUCGAGCUGCAAAGAUCCGUAGAAGGAAGACUUCAGAGCGCAGAGGAGGCCAGCAAGACGAUUGCCGCCCAGCUCCAGCUGGAACUUGAUAACCAGAAACGGUUACAUCAAGAAGAAAAAUCCAUCCUUCAGAAUCGGGUUGACCAACUACAAACGACAAUCGAGAAUCAAAGAUCCGUGGAAGGAAAACUUCGGAGUGCAGAGGAAGCCAGCAAGAAGACGACUGCUGUGCUUCAACGAGAACUGGAUAACCAGAAACGCUUACGCCAAGAGGAAAGAGAGGCAUUCCAGAAGGAGGUUGAGCGCCAGACGGAAGAGUUUGCCUCCCAGGAAGCUCGGAUGGGAUUUGAGAUGGACGGCAAGAUGAAGGAGAUAGAGAUACUGCUGGAGGAGCUGGAUCACACCAAACGCCUCUUGGAGGCUGGCCGGGCGAGUGCCCCUCCUCCCCCACUCAUGGCAGAGCCGCUCCCGGCAGACGCCAGCAUGGACAGCUUGGACGACGGGGAGCUCCGCCUGGCCGAGCUGGAGGCCGGCUCCAGGGCCAGCGUGGCCUCCAACGCCAGCCUGGCCUCCAACGCCUCGGCUGCCAGCGGCCGGUCCGUGGGCAGCAACAAAUCUCAGUGCACGUACACCAUCGAGAUACACAGCCGCCUAAGCACGCGCAGUAACAGUUCCCUGAGCACCAGCCAGAUAACCACUACAGAACAGACCACCACCAGGCAGCAGUCCCUGACGGCCAGCCGGCAGUCCCUGGCGGCCAGUCAGCAGUCCCUGGCCUCCAACCAACUGCACCUGUCCAGGACCAGCCACCUGUCGGACAGCCUGAAUUUGAGCCACCUGGGGCCCCUCUCUGCCUCCAGGGUCAGUGCGGUGGGGGACAGCAACCUCCCCGACCAGGUCUCGCAGACCAUCGACGAACUCAGCACGGACCCCUUCAAGGCUCGCUCGCUGCGGGCCUCCAUGAGGCAGGCGAAGAUCAGUCGCCGGACCACAGGCCGUGCCGGCUUCUGCCUCGUGGGAGCCUGUGAGGAGGAGCCUGAGGCCUUCGACUGGGACCGGCUGGCUGAGCUCCAGCGUCGCAACACGCUCUGCCGCCCUCACCUCCAGACCUCCUACCCGGUGGAGACGCAGACCCGCCCACCAGCCGAGAUCACCGAGGACGGACUGAAGCUGGGCGCCACUGUGCGGGAGGGAACCGGGGAAGAAAAACCAGUGACGCGUAGCACGACUCGGAAACGGAAGAGUGGAGAUCUCCCUCAACCAAGUGCACCGCCCAAGAUGAAACCUUCCAGCUCCCAGCACAGCAUGCCCCCACCUCCCCCACCGGAAGAUAAGCAUUCGGCUUCGGAGCAGAAUACGAAGGCAUCAAAAAGCCAGCAGACCAAGACCACAAAUAACAGCAGUCGACUGCAGCGAUCGGGAAUUCUCCGAGCCAGCACCAAGUCAAACAAGAGCCAGAAACCAGCAGCCAGGACAGGCAAGGCCCCUCAGGAGAGCGAGAAUCGUCGGGAGAGUAUUGCAUUCAGCAUCGGCUUCUCACCUAAGCCGCAGCUCAAGCGGCGAGCCAAUCGGGCGACAGUGGCCAAGAAGGCGGCCAACAGCCCCAAAGCGCAGGCCGCGUUGCCAACAAUCACCCCCAGCAAGAAAUCCAAAAGGAGGUCAAUCGCCAAAUGGUUGGGAAAGUAACUUUUCUCUUUGUCGAUGAAGAUGCCACGCAACACCUCCCCUAAACGUCAAGCAUCUCCAAGAGAAGAGGUUUCCUUCUUGCAUUGGAAAUCAGGCAAAAUAAGCAGCUGAACAAAAAGUCCACUUUCCGAAAAAAAAUCUGUUGGGAGCUUUGAGACCUUUGUGACGACCCGUGAGCAAGUCUGGUCGUGGGUCAUGGGUCAGUCGUCAACAUUCCUGAAAAAUCCAUAACUUCAUUUACUGGACGUUUACACCCACAUGAAUGACUGUCUGAUGGUUACUCUAAUCUGACAGGCAAUCUCCA